AUGUUGCCACAAGCCGGGAAACUUUUGCAGAGCGGAACAGUAUCUGCUGUCGCCAAAAGGGCGUAUUCGCCUUUUCUCGUUUCCAGUUUACCACGUGUGAGGGUUUCUCUUCCCGAGAAAGUUGUUCACGGAUUGAUAAUCGGCGCCGGGAUCUUGGCGACUCCAGCAAUUGUUCUGUCCAAUGCCAAGCACUACAAGCAGCCGAAGGAAUAAUGAUACCCUGUGGAUCACCCUGUUUUUAGUUACUUUAGCACAUUGCAAGUGUCUCCAAGGACACUUACCUGAGUCGUAAAGAGAAUGAGUUUCGAUUCGAUGUACUCUA